AUGUGCAACAUACUGGCCUACAUAAAACACCGCAGAGGCCAGCAUGAGGCAGCCCUGGAAUGCUUACGGCAAGCCGAAGAGUUCAUCCAGCGAGAGCAUGCUGACCAGGCAGAGGUCAGAAGUCUGGUCACCUGGGGAAACUACGCCUGGGUCUACUAUCACUUGGGAAGAUUCGCAGAAGCUCAGCUUUAUGUAGACAAAGUGAAACAAGUCUGCCAGAAGUUUUCCAGCCCCUACAGAAUUGAGAGUCCUGAGCUGGACUGUGAGGAAGGGUGGACACGGUUGAAGUGUGGAGGAAACCAAAACGAAAGGGCCAAGGUGUGUUUUGAGAAGGCUCUGGAGAAGAACCCCAAGAACCCAGAGUUCACCUCUGGACUGGCCAUCGCGAGCUACCAGCUGGAUAACAAGCCACCAUCUCAGAAUCCCAUUAACCCUUUGAGGCAAGCCAUUCGGCUGAAUCCUGAUGACCAGUAUGUCAAAGUUCUCCUGGCCCUGAAACUUCAAAAGAUGAAUAAAAAAGAUGAAGGAGAGAGAUUAGUUGAAGAAGCUUUGGAAAAAGCCCCAUUGGCCACAGAUGUGAUUCGAGGGGCAGCAAAGCUUGCAGCCAAAUUUUACCAAGGAAAAGGUGAUCUAGACAAAGCAAUUGAACUGUUGCUAACGGCACUGGAAUCCAUACCAAACAAUGCCUACCUCUAUCACCAGAUUGCAUGCUGCUAUAUGGAAAAAGUCAAGCAAAUUCAACAUACAGGAGAAUCUGAAGCUAGUGGAAAUGGAGAGAAGAUUGAAGAACUAAGGGAACAUGCUAGAAACUAUAUGAAUAAAGCGAUUGAGAAGGGACUAAAUCCUCUGCAUGCAUAUUCUGAUGAGUUCCUGGAAAAUGAAGAAUGUUAUCAGACAGCUUUCAGUAAGGCGCUCCCAAGCACCAAGGAAGAAGAGCUCCAUCAGCACGAUUGCAAUCCUCAGGAGGAUCAUGAGAUAUCUGAAGACACUGCAGUCCAAUGUUCUUUAGACGGUUUACCCAUAAGCACAAAAUCAACUGAGAAAGAAAAGAUGAAAUUCCAGCUACAGAAUGUAGCUAAAAACCAGCUACCACAGAAUGUAGCAUAUUCUUGGUCUCUCCAAGGCUUAAUUCACAAGAUGAAUGAAGAGCUGCUGCAGGCGGCCGAAUGCUAUGAGAAGGCACUGGGUCACCUCCUAAGGAACAGCCCUUCGGGCAUAGGUAGCAUUUUCCUGCCAGCAACUGAGCGUGAAGAAGGCAGUGAGGAAAUGGAGCAGGAUGCAGACAGCUCUAUACUCAGAGAGCUUCCCGACCCCUGA